AUGGCUGAGUUGAGAGUAGAUCCGAGAGUGAUAUACGAGUUCGUUAUUCGAGCAGGUGCACGGUUGGAUGCUCAGAACAAAACCGUUUGUUCAGCCAUCAUGAUAUUAUAUAGACUGUACAAACGAACGAUUAUGGAUUCCGUUUGUAAUUAUACCAUGGCAGCUGCUGCUUUAAUGAUUUCUUCGAAAUAUGAAGAAGAUAACUCAAUAGGAAUAAGGGAUAUUGUCAAUGCUACUUAUAGAAUAUUGCAUCCCAAUGAAGAGAGAAUGACCGUCGGAGCUCUACAAUGGGAUAUUCGUCAAGGAAUAACAAGAUUGGAAUUCGUAUUGCUAAGAGAAUUGAACUUCAACUUGGAGUUCGAACAUCCAUUCAAAAUACUGGCAUUGUAUUUGGAUCAAUUGAGAAGUUGGGUCGCGGAAGAUUUCGAACGGGAGCAAAUUGCUUCUAUUGCAACUGCCAUUUGUAGGGAUCUGUAUGCAGCUCCGGAUGUAAUAGUGAAUUCUUCACCUGAGUCAUUAGCAAUUACUUGUAUAAGUAUAUCAUUGAAAUACAAAAAUAUUGAAGUCCCACACUGUCGAAACUGGUAUGAAGUUCUGCAUAAAACAAUGACUAAACACAAGCUGCAACGUUUGACAGAACGUAUAAUGGUCGACGUUUACAAAGCGAAUGUGUAG